UACAAGAGGUGUUUACUUCGCAAAUGGAUUUUUAUGACUCAGCAGUUUGUCCGAUUACGGCGCGGAGCCAGAACGUGCGAGAAUGAUUUUUUUUUUUACAUAAUCUCGCGUCGAAGAUAUCUUUUAUCAUUCGAUACGUUGCGCAAUGUUGUUCAAUUGUUGAGAGAAUCCGCAUGACGUAAAGGAUCCGCACGAUUUUGACAGAUUCGUGUCACACGCGUGCGACACGCUCUCUCGUACGUCAGUGCGAGUCGGUACGCGCGACGAUAAGGGUUGCGGCUCGAAUAAUACAAGCGCCCCAAUGAUUCGCGUUUUCGGUCGAGCGGUCUCGUCGGUAAUUCAGAAGACAAUCGGAACGCGCGCCAUGUCCGACGUUUUGACGGAACCCGCACCCUUCUCCAAGGAUUUUCUGUUCCGCCAGUUUUUUGAUCCGAAAUCCAGCACGUACACGUAUUUGCUGGCAGACAUCAGCGAGAGGAUAGCGAUUUUGAUCGACCCGGUUGUCGAAUGGGCGGAGCGCGAUAAAAAAAUCAUCGAGGAACUGGGAUUAACGUUGAGAUAUACCUUGAACACGCACGUGCACGCGGACCACAUCACCGGCACAGGACGUUUGAAAUUAUUGCUGCCAGGUUGCAAGUCUGUGAUAUCGCGCAUCAGCGGCGCCGAGGCGGACGUACUUUUGAAUCCGUACGAUCAGGUGCGGUUCGGCAGAUAUCGUCUGAACGCGGUGCCCACCCCGGGCCACACCGAAGGUUGCGUCACGUACGUUUGCGAUGAGCAGGCAAUCGCGUUCACGGGUGAUGCACUCCUGAUACGGGGAUGUGGCAGAACUGAUUUUCAGGGCGGAUCCGCCGCGACUCUGUACAAAUCCAUUCACGAGAAGAUUUUCACGCUGCCGCGACAUUAUCGGCUCUAUCCGGCGCACGAUUACAACGGACGAACCGUGACCACGGUGGCCGAGGAGAUGGUUCUCAAUCCCAGACUGUCGAAAUCGUUGGAGGAGUUCGUCGCCAUCAUGGACAAUCUCAACCUUCCGUAUCCGAAGAUGAUCGAUAAAGCUGUACCGGCCAAUAAAAUGUGCGGUGUGUACGAGGUUGAAGAAAAAACAGACAAACAGUAAAACUCAUCGAUAUUGUUACAGCCAAUGCAGUUGCACGCCAGUAUUUUUUAGUUUUAUUCGCUUUAUUGUUAAUCAUCCGUUCUAUUUUUAUACAUAAUAUGAUAGCGAAUAGUUUAUCACGCGCUCUGAGAUUACGAUUUACAUAACUCAUAUAAAUUUUAUUAAAUACUCAUGUGAAUUGUUAAUAAGUUUUUAGAAAAAAUCAUCCAUUUUUUCUUAAGAUAUUAUUAAGGAGAUAUUUAAGGAGAAUAAUCCAUAUACAUAUUUUAUAACGAACAAGAAGUAUUUCGGACUAAUAAGUCGCGAAUUAUUGUUACGUACAAAAAACAAAAUAAAAUGUUUAUUGUACAGUUUUCAAACAAUGAUAUUGUUUGCGCCUGUUCGAUUUGCCGCUUCGUUUGUUGGAACGAUAAGACGAGCGGUAAAUAUUUGUUUUGUUUUGCGUCUCUGGUAAUUUUAAUGAAUCAAAAUAUGUGCGUGUGCGUUAUGUGUAUAUUAACACUAUGCGUAUAUAUUCUUCAAGAGAUGCAACGCGUACAAAUUAUACGACCUAAAUAACCGAACAUUGUGCGCUUUCUCCUUAACGGACGUGAUCUCGUUUGUGACAGAAAUGGAACUAUAUUACACACUCGUUGUCACAUCCGACGUGUGUGCGCGACACACUUGUUAACUUUUGAAAGAGUUUUGCGGAAUUCAUAGCGCUCUAAAAUAACAUUUCAAGAAUUUGCGCACGAACGUCUCCUUUUUUCUUUGUUAUAUUCAUAAUAGUGGAUUAGAGAACACACACACACACACAGCAUUCUGCACAAUAUUAAAAAAAAAACAGAGUUUUUAAGAGCUUAGAAAAAAAUUUCGUCUUACUCAAAAUUGGUAAGAAGCUUAGUUGCCUAUAUUGUGCACUGAGACACAAAACGUCGCCGGUUUAAAUAUAUUUUUCUCUUAAAUAAAUAACAAAAAUACA